AUGCUCACCUCUCAUCCCAAUCCCUGGGACCGUGCUGUUUCAACUCCCAGCGAAGCGCAGUCGCGACCUCGUCGACUCGAGAAUGCUGAUCCACGCCCGCUUUUACGGUCUCUCAACCGACUUCUCGACUCAUCAACACAACGUAUACCGGAUUUUCUUGAUGUGGACCAUUUGAUUGCGCUUUAUGAACGGGACAUUAUGGAAAGAGAGGACCGCGAUAUGCUCAAGGCCAAAGCUCGGCGUGAGAGAGCACGAGACAGAAGCUCAAGCAGCAAUCUCACUGUUUUUGGCUCUUCACUGCGAGAAACGACUCUAUAUGCAUCAACCAUCACUGUUCUUUCUGGAUUUGAGCAUGAUAUACCCAUCAUCGUCUUUCGUUGCGUCAAGGAGCUCUGUCGACAUGGUUGCGUACCUCACAAACGAGCACCGGACAGGCAUCGCCUUCUGGCCCUAAUCACUGCUUUCGACGCCGAACCUCAGUUCGGUUGUAAGACGGCCUUCAAAACACCUAGCGAAAUUCCAGAAGUCUAUGGUCUGCUUACAACCUAUCUCUUUGCAUUGCCCGAGCCUCUCAUCAGUUCCGAUAUUUUUGAAGCCUUAUGGACAUGGUGUAUCAUGCCUUCGUUGCGCAAUACCGACUUGAAGAAGGUUGGCCAUAGACGAACAUUCGAACCAACUGAUUCCUCCAUUCGCAUCUGCCAAAUUCUCCUUCGCCUCCUCUCUAUUCCUAGCUUCUCACUUGUCGUCUAUCUCAUGGGGCUUUUUCAACGUCUCCCAAAUCUGAUCUCAGACGACAUUGGGCGUGCUGUACUUGCUGGUGCUGGCUCCAAAGCAGAUCCGGCGUCAGAUGGUCGUGGCGAACGGGUUUCUACAAUGCUCCAAUGGCUUGUUGAUCGCUGGGAUGUUAUUGUCAAAGCACUAUUCGACGGCCCUGAUACGUCAUCCGUUUCUCGCCUUUCUCGAGCGCCGACCAAGAAAAACGACAAUAUUGAGGACGAUGACAACGAAUCUGAUGUUUCUAGUGCAUCUUCAUGCAGCGCUCUCGAACAGCGUCUGCAAGACUUCACAAGAGAACUAGCUGAAGAGGCGCAGCGUGAACUGAAGCGCCGUAAUCGUCAGGCUACGAUGACCCAAACUUUACCAGCUGAAUCCAAGCGUUCAAGUAAAAUCACUCAAGACAACGAUUCGGGUUAUGACUCUUCUGAAGAUACGAACCUUCACGUCCACGAAGCUGCACCACCGUCACCGCCUCAAUGCAAUGACGAUCAAGAGCUGACCCAUCCACAAGCUUUGCGCCGUAUCAGUUUGCUAGAACGAGAGUUGGAGAGAAGCGAUCAUGCGGUUGAAGAAGCCAUCACAAAAACCUUCCAAGCGCAAAGCCAAAUCAAAGAACUAGAGGCAAGGCUACGCGUCUACGAAGGGCGAGGCCAACAACAGAACUCAGUGCCCAGGUUGGAGUUGCGAUUGGAUGACAAAAGAGCCACAGAGGAUUGGCACGCAAUUUUGCACUCUGACACCGACACGCUCAAGAGACAGUUGGCGGAGACGCAGAAGGAACGAGACAAAGCUGUUGGUCUUGUUCAGGAGAUGAAGGAGUUGAUCCAAGCACAUGGGUUUUAG